AGGGGGAAAUGAGAGGAGAUCCGGGGAGGGUGGGAAGCUGGUAUUCAUGAAGACGCAGAGUGUUUGCGACACAUGCGCGGCUCGUCUGCAAGUAGCCAGCACGGACAGCAAGCAGGAGGAGAAGGAGGAGGAGGUGGAGGAGGAGGAGGAGGAGGAGGAGGAGGAGGUAGAGGAGGAGGAAGAGGAAGAGGAGGAGGAGGAGGGACGGCCCGCCUUCAUCUGGACGCCAUCAAGAAUGAAGUGAAGAGACGUUCAAGCUACUCGUGACCUUCCGAGACGACUUCCGCGCAGUGAUGCUCGACAUCCCGAAAGGUCACCGCAGAUUACGACGCUUCUGGAAUUUACUACUGCACCAGGGACAGAUUUUUACGAGGUUGGAACUAUGCAAGGAAGAUUCCGUGUUGGAUUAGCGGAUUUGGGGAUUUUAUUUUUUUUUUUGCAAAACUCUCCCGGCCGCGGCAUCAUGGACCCUAACUGGGGUGUGCUGUUGCCUCGCCUGGCUCAAGCGGGAGCACAUGCUGGUGGAUCUUCACGCCUGAAACUCUUUGUUUCCUCAAACGUAGAGUGAGCACUGUGGAGUGUGUGUCAAUCUCCACAGUAGUUAAAAAACAAACAAGCAAUCCAGAACCAUACGAAAACAACGGAGCCUCAGAGAGUGUACCGAGGAGUCCGGUUUGAGCCGCUUGAAGCCUGAGGUGACGGGAUAGCCUCAAUGGACGCAGACGGCGACCCGGUUUGACGCUAAAAACGACCACCCGCAUAAGCCCUCGAGCACCUUCUACCCAGGUUUAACCUUGGAGUGACCCGUUAUCUCUCCGGUCCUGGCUCUCCACCUGCUCUGCUGCCUGGGUUCCGGAACGCUCCGCCCUGGGGCCCAGAACGAGCCAAUCAGGAUGAAGAAGAGCCGCAGCGUGCUGUCGGUAACUGCAGAGGAGGGUGAGGACACUCACAAAACAGUUGACGGAGGAGAAAAGUCCGAGUCGCCACGCUACAGCCGUUCCUACACGUCUGGUGCCACGCUGGGGGCGGAGCUACGCAGGGGUAGGAGCAGGAGACUCUCGUCUAGUCUACAGGUUCCCUGCUGGCUGCGCCCUCGCGACCGCACACGCUCGCCUGAGGUCCUUGGCAACGUGUCUCGUCCCACAACGCUGCCCCUCCGCAUCCCGCCGCGCAUCUCCAUCACGCAAGCCGACGCUGACAGUUAUGAAGCAGAAAAUGGCAUCUCUCCCGCUCACACGCCGCUGGGCUCGCAGAGUCCAGGACUCACUCUCAACACGUCCUUCCCCCAGAGCCAGAGGAGGGAGUCCUUCCUCUACCGCUCGGAUUCAGAUUAUGACAUGUCGCCCAAGACGGUCUCGCGAAACUCCUCACUGGCGAGCGAAGGACACACGGGGGAGGACUUCAUCGUUACUCCUUUUGCUCAGGUUCUGGCCAGUCUGCGAUCUGUGCGGAGCAAUUUUACCAUCCUUGCCAACGUCUCCACACCGACAGUCAAGAGGUCUCCGCUGGGUGGAGUAUGUGUGAGUCCCAGGGCCACGUUGUCGGACCAGCAAUACCAGCAGCUCGCCCUGGACACCCUGGAAGAACUAGACUGGUGUUUGGACCAGCUGGAAACUAUCCAGACGCACCGCUCAGUCAGCGAGAUGGCGUCCAACAAGUUCAAGAGGAUGCUGAACAGAGAGCUAUCCCACCUUUCCGAGAUGAGUCGCUCCGGUAACCAGGUGUCAGAGUACAUCUCCAGCACCUUCUUGGACAAGCAGAACGAAGUAGAGAUCCCUUCCCCAACUCUGAAAGACAAGCCGAUGAGUCAAAUCAGCGGCGUGCGAAAACUGUCGCACAGCUCCAGCCUCUCCAGCACUUCAAUGCCUCGCUUCGGGGUCAACACUGACCAUGAGGACGAGCUCGCUAAGGAGUUGGAGGAAUUGAACAAGUGGAGCUUCAACAUAUUUCAAGUUGCCGAAUUCUCCAACAACAGACCACUCAGCUGCAUCAUGUACACAAUUUUCCAGGAGCGAGAGCUGCUGAAGACCUUCCGCAUUCCCGCUGACACCUUCGUCACUUACGUGAUGACACUGGAGGACCAUUACCAUGGCAACGUAGCGUACCACAACAGCCUCCACGCCGCCGAUGUCACCCAGUCCACACAUGUGCUCCUCUCCACUCCGGCCCUCGACGCUGUCUUCACUGACCUGGAGAUCCUUGCUGCCCUCUUUGCCGCCGCCAUCCACGACGUUGAUCAUCCUGGAGUUUCAAAUCAGUUCCUCAUCAACACCAACUCUGAGCUGGCACUUAUGUACAAUGACGAGUCGGUCCUGGAGAACCACCACCUGGCUGUUGGAUUCAAGCUCCUGCACCAGGACAACUGUGACAUCUUCCAGAACCUCACCAAACGGCAGCGGCAGAGCCUUCGCAAGCUCGUCAUUGAUAUCGUUUUGGCGACAGACAUGUCCAAACAUAUGACCCUACUGGCAGACCUGAAAACCAUGGUGGAGACAAAGAAGGUGACCAGCUCUGGCGUGCUCUUACUGGAUCACUACAAUGAGCGCAUUCAGGUCCUAAGGAACAUGGUGCACUGCGCUGACCUGAGCAACCCCACCAAGACCUUACCCUUGUACCGACAGUGGACAGAGAGAAUCAUGGAGGAGUUCUUUCGCCAGGGCGACAAGGAGAGGGAGCGCGGCAUGGAGAUCAGCGCCAUGUGCGACAAACACACCGCCUCUGUGGAGAAGAGUCAGGUGGGGUUCAUCGACUACAUCGUGCACCCACUGUGGGAGACGUGGGCCGACCUGGUGCACCCCGACGCCCAAGAGCUUCUGGACACACUGGAGGAGAACCGUGAGUGGUACCUGACCACCAUGCCUCAGUCUCCGUCACCUCCCCCGGACAGACACUUGCAGCAUGACCGCUUCCAGUUUGAGAUCACGCUGGAGGACCUGGAACACAACAACCACAACCACGUUCACACGAGGAUCGGCGGCGGCGGUCAGAGAGCCCCCUGCCUUGAAGGGCAAGCCGAGAGUGAGACGGAGGACGAGCGGAACCACAACAGGGAGCAGAACGGCGUGAGUGAUGAGGAUGAGGAAGCGGGUGAGAAGCAAGAGGAGGAGGUGGAGGAGGAGGAGGAAAACCUCACAGGGGAUCGUGUGGAAGACGAGACGGGUGACACUGAAAAGGAAGAGGAGGGAGAGGAUGAGGAGACCAAAGGAGGGGAGGAUGAAGAUAAUCUGGAUGAAGAUGGAGCUCCGCAGGAGGGAGAGGAAAAUGUGGACCCAGAGGAAACGAAUGAGGAUGCGGGAAUCGGGAAUGUAGAGGAGGAAGAUGGAGCGGAGGGAAAUGUUGACGAAGAGGUGGAAGGUGAAGCAGCGGAAAAUGAGGAAGAGGAGGAACAUGAGGGGGAUGUUGGAGAAGAGGAGGUGGAGGCAAAUGACGUGGAAGAGGAUGGGAACGCUGAGGAGGAAGGAGAGACUGAGGAGAAAGAAGAGCAGGAAGACGUUGAAGAGGAGAAAGAUGGGGAAGGAAACGUGGAAGAAGAGGAAAGUUAA